AUGAAAAGGACAGAACUUUCCAUGGAACCGGAACCACUGUUCUGGAGAUGGAGGGUCAAAAGAGAAAAAGAAAAACUCAAUAUAUAUAAUAUAUAUAUAUAUAUAUGCGGGCAACCACUUCGUCUGGUCUGGAGCACAAGAACGAAAAUGGGAUCCAUUGUUAAUGCCGUCUUCUCUUCACUCUUCACAUCUCCGCUUGAAAAUCAAUUGGUAUUCAGGAGGAAAAAACCCAUUUUCAAUCUCGUGGGUUUUAAGAAUUCAUCUGGCAGAAUGAGAAAAAUCUACUGUAAACUACCCGAGAAUGGGAUUGAAGAGAACUCCACAACCCAAACAGUCCCCAACAAGAACAAGAUGGAGGAGUACAAUACGGCCAUGAAGAGGAUGAUGAGGAACCCAUAUGAGUAUCAUCACGAUCUUGCAAAGAUCAAGUGGAAUCUCAGAUCAUGUGCUGGGGGGAUGGGGGUGGUUAUGGCUAGCGUGAUGCUUCCCCAGAAACCUGAAGACAUGGAUUAUCUGAAGCAGGAAGAGAAUGUGGCUUACAUUCUAAACUUGCAGCAGGACAAUGACAUUGAGUAUUGGGGAAUCAACUUGUUAUCCAUCAAAAAAAGAUGCAAAGAGCUUGAAAUCUGUCAUAUGAGAAGGCCAGCAAGAGACUUUGAUCCGGAUUCCCUAAGAAGUAUGUUGCCAAAGGCGGUGUCAUCAUUGGAAUGGGCCAUUUCUGACGAGAAAGGCAGAGUGUAUCUGCAUUGUACCGCUGGACUGGGAAGGGCUCCUGCUGUUGCAAUUGCAUAUAUGUUCUGGUUUCUUGACAUGGAUCUGAACACAGCAUACAAUACCCUUACAUCAAAGAGGCCUUGUGGACCCAACAGAAGAGCAAUACGCGGAGCUACUUAUGAUCUGGCUAAGAAUGAACCAUGGAAAGAGCCAUUUGAGAGUCUUUCAGAACAUGCUUUUGAGGGUAUAGCAGAUUGGGAGAGGAUCUUGAUUCGGGAUAGAGUUCGAUCUCUCCGUUGGACUUGAGAAUACAGGCUUCAAAAUUAUCCAGUCUCUUGAGUAUUUGUUAAACUCGGAUUCAGAUUGAACAGUGUGCCUCGACUCAUAUGGAUACAAGAUUCGGAUGAAAUAGUUAAUUGUAAAAAAUUUGGGAAAA